CGCCGGACCCGCCUACGACGUGAUAUGUUCCAAUGGCUUGAGGGCACUGGAAAGAAAUUGAAGGAUCCGCUACCAGGCAGUACCAACUACGUAACUGCGUAUGACAACACGGGAAGGUUGAAACGCGACCAGCGCGGAGGAAAGACUCCUACCAUUGACGUCAUCUCAGAAGAGGAGGAGCCAGAGUUACAACGGCAGGAGGAGGAAGAUGGUGUUGAUGAGGCGGACCGUGCAGGUCGAUUGGCACUGCGACAACGUCUACGGAAGAGGAAGGCGGAAAUGGAGGCCAAGCAGGCUGAAGCACCGCAAGAUGCUGGUGAAGUUGUUAGACCAUUCCCACUGAAUCCAUUCUUUCGGUCAGAGGCGGUGCUCAGCCAGGAGCUACGCGAGGAGAUCUACCGGCAGGUCGCUGAUCGUGGCGCGGACAUCACCAGUGUCAGCGCAGCGUUCGGCGUUGAUAUCCGACGAGUCGCUGCUGUGGUCCGUCUGAUGGCGGUGGAGAAGCAGUGGGUCGCAGAAGGCAAAAAGCUCGCCAAACCCUACAACAACGCCGUCCUCGCCAUGCUGCCGAAAACUCCCUUUUCCGCCUCCCGAAUCACUCCCCACGAGUCCAUCAACGACCUCUUCGUCCACCCCUCCACCCGCAAACAACUCUUCCUCCCGACCUCCGAGUCCCGGCACUUCACCCGUGAAGACGCCGCCCGCGCCUUCUCCCCGAUCCUGCUGCCGGCCGACAAACGCAUCCCGCACCCAGAACUCAUCACCCUCGAACGGCAGCAUCUCGAGGGCCUCUCCUUCCAAGAACGCAUCGAGCGGCAAGCGGCCCGCGACGCCGAAGCCGCACGCCUCAAGCUCAAAGCCGAGGAGAAGAAAGCUCGCUACGAAGCGGAGAAAAUCCGCGUCGUGUCCGGUCGACGAUGGGAUUUCAAAUUUGAGGAUAUCUCGGUCGAGAAGGCGGGACGGGACGGGCGCGGUCGCUCGGCGGUUGGUGUCAGGUAUGGUACUGUGCACAUGGAUCGGAAGAGGGGACAGGUCAAGAUUCCCACCAAGGUGGAGUGAGUAUGGACAUGCAUCGUGUUCUCGUUAGAGCAAGUGAGGAUGAUUGCGGAGAUGGGAUGUAAGACUACGAGGUGUGCUGCGUGGAAGUAAAAACACCGGUUUGGUAGGAGGACGUUGAUGGUGUCCACUUGUAGGCGGGGCGCGGAUGUCCCCAUCAUGUAAACAAUUUUUCCCUGUGCAAAGAUCUUCUUCCUCAAUUCCGGGAAAACUGUCGUCUUUCCAUUCAUCACACAGUAAUUGUGUCACCUAUCCGCUCACCAUUUCAUGUGUGCCAGGAUCGUGAACAUUUUCCUCGCACUGCCUGCCAGCAGAAACACGAGCACCUCAGGAGGGACGGCAACUUCUUGUGAUUUCCGACCUUUCGCUCUCAUGAUGUGCUAUAUAUAGGCAAAGAACAAG